AUGUUCACGCAAAGAAAGAAGGCUGUUGUUCCUCUCCAACAGAGUUCAGCACAAGAGGCCGUGGAGGACAUUGAGAAGGUCUUCACUGAGCUCAUCUGCUCUCUGGAGAAGAAACGCUCUGAGAUUAAAGAUCAGAUCAGAGAUCAGGAGAAGACUGAGAUGGAUCGAGCAGAGAAACUUCACAAACAUCUGGAUCAAGAGCUGACAGAACUCAGAAAAACACAAGCAGAGAUUGAGAAACUUCUGAUUACUGAUGAUCAGAUCCACUGUCUGAAGAGCUGUCACUCUGUGUGUGUUUUACCCUCAUAUGAAGACGUUCCCAGCAUCACUCAACACACUCAUCUGUCUUUUAAAGACAUUUCAAUCUCAGCAUUCAGAGAGGUUUUGGAGGACGCCUGUCAACAGCAAACAGCCAGAAUAUCUCAAGAAGUGUCAAAUGUCCAUGUUGCAAAGCUUCCAGAACCAAAGAUUCAAAAUGAUUUUUUGCAGUAUUUCUGUCAGCCUCACCUGGAUCCAAACACUGCACACAAAAAUAUCAUCUUGUCAGAAGACAACAGGAAAACAACAUAUUCAAAUGUAGUCCAGCAAUAUCCUGAUCACCCAGAACGAUUUGACAUCUAUGAAUAUGUCUUAUGUAGAGAGGGUUUGUGCGGUCGCUGUUACUGGGAGGUUGAGUGCUGUGGGAACGACUGGGCUGUAGCAGUUUGUUACAAAGGAAUUGGACGUAAAGGAAAAAAUGAUGACUGUAAACUUGGCUUGAACAAGAUAUCUUGGAGAUUGGGCUAUUUUAAUAAAGAUUUCUGUUUCUUACAUGAUAAAGCACAGGUCUGUGUCCCUGCUGCCUCUAGAAUAGGAGUGUAUCUGGAUCAGAGAGAAGGAACUCUGUGCUUCUACAGCGUCUCUAACACAAUGACUCUACUACACAGAGUCAAGACCACAUUCACUGAACCCCUCUACCCUGCUUUUGUGGUUGGAAAUUGUUCAAUUAUCAAGAUAAUACAACAUUAGAAAGUUCACAUAGACCAGUAAUAGACUGAUCAAAAAUAAAUUAUUUAAAAACAUGCUGUUUAAAGGGUAAUUAUUCUCAAAUAAAUAUCAGUGCUGCGUAUUUGGUUUCUGUUAUAUUUAGAGACCCUUUGAUUGAGAAGCCAUUAGUCAGUGGAGACAGAGGUAUAGCGUAGGUUUUUGCUUAAUACCUUGUUUCUGUUUCUAU